CUUGCCACAAUAUAACAUGCACCUAGGUUUUGGAUUGCUCCGUGUCAUGUAUUAGGAAUGUAAGCAUACUAAAUAUAGUGUAAUCAUUUUGUCUGUACAAGCGCAUUCUUCUUGGAAUGAGCUUCAAGGGAGGGCGUGUAGGUCGAUCAUUGGUAUUACGAGUGCCCUGUGUUACCUGACCCAGAUUAAACCAUAAGCCGUCGGACCGCUGAUAUACAGCACAGGGGAUAUUUAAUAAACAAAAAUAGAGACAGGCUCGUCCAUUCAACCGAAUCGGUUUUCUACUUGGGACUCCAUUUUGGAUUCCGGACGUUUCUCAAAGGUUGUUGGUUCACCAUGGCGGUCAACAUACCUGCUCUCGUGUCUGUUAUCGUGUUCUACAUAUUCAUUUUAGUGGUCGGAAUUAUAGCUGGACGGAAAUCGGCGAGAUCAUCAAGUAGCCAUGAAAUAUACCUGGCCAACAGGAAUAUUGGAAUGUUCGUAUCAUUUUUCACGCUAACAGCUACUAUGGUUGGUGGAGGUUAUAUUAACGGUACAGCUGAGAUGAUGGCAAUGGGUGGACUUGCAAUGACAACGGCGCCAUUUGGAUUCACGCUUUCAUUGUUUAUUAGUGGCUUAUUGUACGCUCCGAAGAUGCGUCGCAGUAACUACGUCACAAUGUUCGACCCGUUCCAGAUCAAAUAUGGACGACGGGUUGGUGGACUCUUGUUCUUCCCGCAGCUCUGUGGCGACCUCUUCUGGACAGCCGCCAUCUUGUCAGCUCUUGGAACGACAGUUGGUAUAAUACUGGACAUCAGCGACACCGUGGCCAUCAUCGUGUCUGCCUGCGUGGCCGUCUUCUACACAUUCCUGGGAGGACUGCUGUCCGUCGCCUACACCGACGUCCUACAGCUCGUGUGCAUAACUGUUGGACUGUUCUUGGCGUUUCCAUUUGCAAUGCAUCAUCCAUCCGUUGACAUGUCUCGAGUCAGCAGUACCUGGCUUGGUGAGAUAGAUGUCAGCAAUCUGGGCUCGUAUAUUGACGUGUGUGUCAUGGUGGUCUUUGGAGGGAUCCCUUGGCAGACCUAUUACCAACGAGUUCUGGCAUGCAAGAACGCUGAAGGUGCGCGCCUCUCUUCUAUCAUGGCUGCUGCCUUCUGUAUGGUUCUGGCUAUUCCACCCGCCAUGAUUGGACUUAUCGGAGCAGCCGCUGACUGGAAUCAGACAUCUUACGACGGACCUAUUCCACUUCCGGAAAGCAAAUACAACGUCAUACUUCCCAUGGUUCUCAAUUACCUGUGCCCACUUCCGGUAGCUGUGAUAGGCAUUGGAGCCGUGGCUGCUGCAGUGAUGUCAUCAGCCGACUCUUGUGUGUUGUCAACUGGGACAGUGUUUGCAAAGAAUAUAUAUACGGAUAUCUUCAGAAGAAAGGCCUCUGACAGAGAACAGAUUUGGGUAUUGCGAAUCACCAUAUUGAUUGUAGGAGUCGUUGGAACGGCGUUGGCGAUCACGGCAAAGAGCAUUUACGGCCUCUUCGUUCUCUGUGCAGACCUCAUGUACGUCAUCCUCUUCCCUCAGCUGACCUGCGUCCUGUGGUUCGCGCCCUCCAACACGUACGGUUGCCUUGUGGGAUACCUCGUCUCACUGGUAUUCCGAAUACUAUCAGGAGAGGUCUUUCUCGGCAUUCCUGUAAUAUUAAAAUUCCCAAUGUAUGACGAAACUCUGGGGCAGAGAUUUCCCUUCAGGACUACAACAAUGCUCAUCAGCUUUGCUACGAUAACUGGGGUGUCUCUUUUGACCAACUGUUUGUUUAACAGAGGAAUAGUUCCUCUAAAGUACGAUAUCUUUAAGUGUAUUGAAAAGGAGACUGAACGUCGUAGACAGCUGCAGCGUGGUGAAAGCAUCCUGGCCAAGGGAUGUGAUGACAUUGUUAGUAUUCCACACAUAAAUGCUGCAGUCGAAAAAAGGGCGCCAUUGGUUUACCUUUCAGACGAUCUGUAAGACAUUGAUAUAAAAUGGAUUUCCUGAUUUGAAAAUGAUAAUUAUUGUUAAAUGUUUCCGACUAACGCAGCUUUUUAAACGGAUAGAAUUAGACAUAAUUAUGAAUUACACUUGCACACUUUUUCUUGUUUAUAACAUUGGUGCCAGUAUAACCAGUGGGUUUCUGUCUGUACUAAUGUUUUUGGUAGCGCUGACUGGAUUUUUACUCAUAUGUUUCUUUUAAAAUACCCAAAACAUGAUUGAUAGAUCAAUUUGCGCCCAACAGACAUAAGACCAACUAAAAACACUGACAUUUAGUGCAAAACAAAAGUUAAUUAGUAUGUAACUUCAGCCGGAAACAUAUUGCAAUAUCGACCUCGCUAUGUCAGCGUAGUUAUCAUUGGCUCUUCAUCACUCCCCUGGAAGUAGUUCAAGGAAAGUAAUUUUUAGCUCCCUAUAGAAUGUGAAUUUACAUGAUAUUAAUAUAGUAAUAUCUUAAAUGGCUCCCCAUAUUCCAAGUUGGGGGAGUGGGCGGGACGUAGCUGAGUGGUAAAGAGCUCGCUUCAUACGUGGUCGGUGUGGGAUCGAUCCCCGUCAGUGGGCCCAUUGGGCUAUUUCUCGUUCCAGCCAGUACACCACAACUGAUAUAUCUAAGACCGUGGCAUGUGGUAUCCUUUCUGUAGAAUGGCGCAUAUAACAGAUCCCUUGCUGCUAAUCAAAAAGAGUAGCCCAUGAAGUGGCGACAGAGGGUUUCCUUUCUCAAUAUCUGUGUGAUCCUUAAGCAUAUGUCCGACGCCAUAUAACCGUAAAUAAAAUGUGUUGAGUGCGUCGUCAAAUAAAACAUGUCCUUCCUUCCAAGUUAGGGGAACAAUUAAUCUGUCCUCUCUAUUUAUUUUAUGGUGAGGACUGCACUGUCUACAAAGUUAAACAGAAAUAAAGCUUUGAUAUUCAUUAAA